UCAAACAGUGCGGGCCAAGGUACGGAUCAUUGUGUGGUACUUACUAUCAUUAUUGGUAUAUACAUAUGUAUAUACUUUUGGCAGUUGGGGAGUGUGUUGUGUUUUGCUAGUCGCUUGAUCGCUUUUGUGUUUCCAAAACAAAAGACGAGCAAAUAUUUAAAUGAAGUUUCGUGAACUUGUUUUAAUGUACAUAUAUUUUUCUCCGAUUGUCAAAUAACAGAGACUGAAAACAUUGUUUUGGAGACUUUGGCUACUCAGCAAAAGCAAAUUUUUCAACAGAGCUUAAAUUUGUCUAAAAUUUUAUAUUGGAUACACAUUUUGAAUGCGUGCAAAACCGAGGUAAGAAUUGCCAGGCGUAGCGUCAAAGCGGUAAAAUUUCCUCAUGAACGCAAAUCGGCUUUUAUUUGGAUUAGUCACCAUAAAGCGCGUUAAAAAUUAAAAAUCACACUAAGAGAAAAUAUAAAGCGCUUUUUCUACAGGUAAAUUAGUCGAAAAUGGGCUGGGCGCCUCUGCUAUGGUGUCUGCUGUUAGCAUUAAGCACAACAGUUCUUCUUAAUGGUGUUCAAGCGCAAUCGAAUUAUGUACAGCAAGGAGAUAGCGGAAACUACACAACGAACGGGCUGCCUGAGGAAGCUACUUUGGAUGGGAAGGUUACCAAGCUGGAUGAUAUCAGUCCAUUGAUAUUUUUGAACCGCACGAAAGCAGCACUUAAUUGUGCCGCCGGUUCAAUGCAAGUCGACAUGAAGUUCAAUGAACCGUUCCACGGCAUAAUUCAAGCAGAUUAUGAUCGUAGCAGCGCUUGUCGCGUGAAUGGCAAAGGUGCUCUGAGUUAUAGACUGGAGCUACCCCUUAAAGGAUGUGGUACUAUACAGAAUCCUACUCGCGUCUUUACCAACAAUAUAAUUGUUCGUUUUCAUGCUAAUUUGGAAAUGGACGGCGAUGAAAUAAUUACAAUCGUAUGCCGUUAUCCGCCGCCCAUACCUUCACUGCCACCAGCUCUACCAGCGCCAAUCUUGAAUCCCAUCGCCACUGGUUCCGUUCUACAGCCGCCUCUUAAGGGUAUACAGCUCCUCCUAAUUAUUUGCGCCAUUAUGUUCCUUACAUUACUGCUGCUUGGUUUGGCUGUAUCAUAUUACUGUUUGCGCAGUCGCCCAAUACCGGUAGUGCGUCGCCUUCCCAUGUCCAUGGGCAGUGGCUCAGAAAUCACUAAAUUGAGUGGUAGUAGCAUGGGUAAUAUCAGCGCCUUCGAAGGAGUUAAAAUACCACGAGCUAUGGUGCCACUGGCGGCUGUACAUAGUUCGUCGGGUAGCGAAGGUGCGCUCAUACCUUCGGACUAUCCAAGCGAGUCACAUUCCGAAAUCGAAGAAAUCGAUACGAGAUCACUGCCAUUUAGCUCAGCAGGUAGCUUUGAAAAUCGUGCAUUUGUCCAAGAGACUUCCAGCAUUUAUAGCGAUCACUAUGGACAUACUCAAGAAGUGCAGGCCGCUAAUGCGUUAGCCACUUCAGUUCCUCGUCAUCCUAUUGCCAUUAAGGAAACUUCAUCACCUAAAUUUGACGUUCAAGUCCGCGUCAAGAAGUCGCCACCACCACCACCUUCGCCCGUUACCUCAGACACAGAAAGUGUCGCAACACUUCGCCCAGAUCGUAAUAAUCUAUCGACUAUUAUGGAGACACAUGAAGACCGUGAAAGUAUUAUGACUAUGGAUUCAAUGCCCCCACCAGAGGAGACUGUACAUACUCAGUUCACAUAUGUUCCUGAAUUACAUUCGGCACCUAAACAUACUGCGGAAUCAUCACCACCACCUCCACCAGAGCCUGUAUUCUCCGUAUAUGCACGCACCCAUCAUGAAAUGGUCGAUGGACGUCCUGAAACCUGGUCAGAUUUUACUGAUGCACCAACAGUUAGUGAGGUCACCGAUUUGCAAUCUGAAGCACCUGACAUGCACUCGGUUGGCGAAAUGGUCGAUAGUACGCAUUUCUUUGAGGCAGAUUACCUUCCCCCGGAGCCGCCAAUUGUUGUAAAAAAACCUCAAGUCACAUCACACACUGUAGAUGACGUAUACUUACGUACCAUUACUGAAAAGAAGACAAUUGAAGACAUUGAGAGUCAUAAACGACGUGUUACCGAAUAUAAGGCGAAGCCUAAGCCAUUGCCACCGCCGAUUCCCGAUCCAACUUGGGAUGUUAAGAUACGUAAUUAUCCAACUGAACGCGAACAGCAACGAUGGGAGAACUUCUCGGAUAUCUCAAGUGCUUCUGGCAUGACUCUCACGCCCAAGAUGGAGCGCUCCGAACUAAGCUUGCCAAUAAUACCUAAAGAACCGCCACAACAAAUCUAUGACAAUAAAAAGGAGCUCACCAGUCCACAGUUGGUGGGCAAUAUGAAACCCAUUGAAAUGCCACCAGAAGACAAGGCUGUGCGCAACUGGGGUGUGUUAAUACGCGUCUUGGAAGAACCUGAGUUCUCCGAAGCCGAUGAUACCAGUUCCGUGCAUUCCAGUGUUCAUCCUCUCACACGGUUCAUCAGCUAUGACGACAAGGCCAAAUGGAAAGAGAUCAUAACUACAGAAUCAUCAUUGCGCACAAUGCUGACGGAAGCUGUAGUCCGUGAAGAUUUCGAACGAAUUCGCCAAGAUACUCGUUAUGAACGUAUAUUUGAGCCCCAGACUUGGGACGUUAUCAUACGUAUACUGGCACCACCCGUUGAUGAUGAUACGGAUGUGGAAAUGCGCGCACCAAAACGCUCAAAGAAAACCCAACCAUGGGACACGCGCUCCCGACGCAGUUCCUUGCCAACAUUGUACGAGUACGAUAGUGACGGCGGUUCGUCUGUGCGAACCAUACGCCAAGAUCCAAGUAUGCCAUUGCGUGACAAUAGUUUUAAUAUGCACCGUUCACGUCGCUCAUCGCGUACUUCGUAUCACACGGAUCAAAAUGAUUUCCGUUCUAUGUCUGAAGUUACUGUCGACUUCGGCAGACCUGAUCACUUAGACAAUGUUUCAGAUGCAAGCUCUUUUUAUCCGAUGCAGUACUACGAUGAUGAAGAUAGACGUUCUUUUCACCGAUCGGUUAGUCAUCCAUCGUUAGCGCGUUCGGCAAGUGAAUUUACCGAGCACUGGGCGGCACCAGAUGAUCUUUCAUCACCAGAAGCCACACCAAGAUCACGCCGUUCUCAACGUAUGGCAAUCUUCCAGCAGCAUAUUCCGGCUCCACCGCCACCACCACGUUCUGGCCAAAUUGUGGCGCAAACCCAGAGCCAAUAUGUAGAGUCACGCCGCAGCACAACAUUCCACACAGAAAACGAAGCAGCACGAUCACGUGACUGGUAAACGUGAUGCUAUAUAUAUAUCUGCGUACACAUAUAUAACCACGCAUAUGCGUCAACGGCCGAGGGAAUUCAGUUCAGAAUUUGUGAGUUCGUAGGCGAAAUGUAACAAAAGGGUGGAAAAAUAUAAUACAAAAGUCACUGCUUUCAGUAAAAGUCAUUGCCACUCUAUACCAUGUGUAUAAUAAAUACCUAUAAGUUUGUAUGUAUGAAUAUAAGUAUAUAUAUCUAACGGUUGUCAACCUAUAUGCGAUAUACCUAAAUUAACAAGUAUUGAGCUCUACAGGGCUUAAUAAACAUAUGCAUAUGGCGUACUAGGAAUACAUAACACAAGUGCCAAUUUCAACAAUCCUCUUGCAGCUACUGCAUGCUUAAAUUAAAAAAACAAAACUAUUAACGGCUCGUAUGGUCACAUAGAAUAUGUACUAUAUGUGUACUUGUACCCAUAAUUGUUUUAAAACAUUGUAUAAAAUUAAUUGGACCAACAAUUUGAUAUUGAAAGAUGAAUUUAUACAUGAUUUAUUAGAUUUAAGCAAAAUGCCUCAAGUGAGGUUUUCACAUAGAUACAAUUUUUUGUUUUCAAUAAUAGAAACUGAAUGUGCAAGUGCAAUUUUAUGAAACUCAACUUCGAAAGAAUACAUCUCCUUUGAAUAUAUUUAAAAACUUUCGAAAGCAAAGUGUUCACACACUGCCCACAAUAACGUUUGCGACACCCAAAAUAUCUACUUAGCAUACAGCAGCCACAUUAAUUUGAAUAUACAUAUGUGUAUGUACAUAUGUAUGCUCGAAACUGUUCAAAUGUCAGCACAUUACAUUAAAGCGCAUCAAAAUUCUAUCGAGUUUGCAAAUUAGCCUCAUGCAGAACUUGGCACUCGCAACCAAAUUGAAGUUUGCUAACCGCAAACAGUGUGUCAUUCACAUACUCACGUCUUUCAGUCAAGUAUACAGACCCUCGGUACCAAGAGUAAAUCCACAGUGCAAAACCACAAAAAGACCAAAAUACUGUAAAAGCAAAUAAUAAUUUUUUUAUUUUGCGAAAAGUGUUUUCAACACAAAUAUAAGAAGGAAAGUAAAUCAGCAGGCGAUCCAGUGUAUGUAUGUCUAACGUUUGUAAUUAUCUCCAUAAAUGUAUUACGAAUAGAUGAAAUGCUUUUUGUGUAAAUAGAAAUGUUUAAUAUAUCCAUUAGAUGUUUGUGUAUACUUAAAUGUUUAGACAUACGUAGAUCGUUGCAUUUUCUUUUGUAUCUAAGUUGAACUUACACCGGAUUUCAUAUCGGUCGCACCCACUAGUCAGCGGUAUUUCUAGCCUCAUUGCUGGCCGUUUCUAUUUCUCGCAUGUUUAACCAGUUAAAACAUCAGUACAAACACAAAUUAUACACAUAGAAAUAUUUGAAAUGUUAUGGUGGAAUAGUAUGGCGUUUUUGCUGCAUUUCCUAACUCUUGUGUGACGGGUAGAAUCCGAAAUUUAGUUGAACAAAAUUAUUGAAAGAUUACAGAUGUUAGGCAAUGAAACUAUAACAAAAUUUACAGCAAUAGUUCUGAAGCGAAUACGAAUUUAAGAUUAUAUGAAACUUAAAAUGUUGAGUUCAAAAUCAUAAUUAAAACUAGUAUAAAUUUACCAAAAAUUGCUAAGGAACUGAUUCUACAUACCAGCUUUUGGAAUGAUUUUCGGCGCAUCAUGGCCUAUCUUGGAAUAAGAUCAUCGAUUCAGCUAUAAAAAACGAUGUUUUGAUCACACAAACAUAAACAAAUUGUAUUUGUAAACCCAAAUUUUUCAAUUUUUGUUAGAAAUCAUUCCGAAUUCAGCUCAUUGUGCGGUUAUGGAACAACAACGCAUAAGUGUAAUCUACGGCAUGCGAUUAGCACGUGCUUUUCUGCUAAAAGCAAGCAUAAGCAAUGCUCAUACGAUGUACAUAACUUUCCUUGAUGCCCAGCAGCGUAGAGCAGUAAUUGUUUUUGUUUAGAUAUAAUAAAAGCUUUGGCUUUUGUGUGGAGAUAGUGCCACCAGCAAAUAUCAGUGGUGAUAUGAAUAAUUAAAUAGUACGAGCUCAUCAAUCUAAAAGUGUCGUUGAUAUAAAAAUAACAACUAAUCUGGAAAAUGUGUUCGCAUUCACCAAAAUUUGAUAAACAUGGCAAAACAUGACUAUUAUAUAUUAUUUUGCUAUUUAAGUGAGAAAUAGCAAGCACAUGAAUAGUGAAAAGUGUUUACCAGAAUAUUUGGAAGUGUUUAUAAUGAAUUAUAAAUAUUGCACUUACACAUACAAGUUUCGUUUUUAGAUUUAUUCGUAUUGAUUUUUCUUGCUCUUUCAAACUUUUUCAUUUAUUUCACGCACUAUUAUUUCGAAACAACAAACAUCUAUAACUGUACGCAUUUUCUAUUUUAAUUUUGAUUUGAGUGAGUGCGUAUUUCUCCUCAUGUUCUGUUAGAAAACCCUUUAUUCUAUUGCCUUCAUUAGACUAAGUAAAAAAUCGGUGUGAAAAAACUGGAAAAGUUUGAAUACUCUCAAUUAAUUGCAUACUCAAAUUAAUUUUAAUGGCUUUUCUGCAUCUUAAUGCUCAAGAUGCGCAUUAGCGCCUUAAGUGAUAAGUUCAUAUGUAUGGAGGUGGUGGGACUUUACUGCAAUCUAUUGGAUAUGUAAUUUUCGCAAAUAAGCACAAGUUAUUUACACUCCUCUAUAAUUUCCAAAACUGUAUAUAUCAAAGCUUCAAAGCAGCUGUGCCUGAGCAGUGAUAGAGAAGUUAAGAGUUUUAUUAUUUACAUAUACUAAAUAUAUGUAUGAAUCAAAACGAUCUAGCGCACAAUUUUAUGCACAAACGUGAAAAGUAAAAAGUCGAAAGAAUAAAGUAACGAUAAUUAACAUGCUUAACUGCUUUACUAAAAUUGCCUUUAUAAACUGCGUUUGAUAAAUAAAUAACCAACGUAUAAUAUUAAUAUAAUACUUGGAUAUGCUUGAACCACUAUAAAAUAACAUAAAGCCAAGGUUUACGAUCAAAAGUUUAUGUGUGUGCUUGCAUAACAAAUCGUGUGUAUAAAUAUGUACAUAUCUGACCAUGUCUAUAUAUAAAAUACUCAAUUAAGCCUGGUUUGUACUUAAUGUCGAAUGUGUACAAGUAUUUUGAAGAAGCAAAUUGGUAGGAGCUUCAAAUGAUCUAAAGCGUAAUAUUAAUAAUGAGAAAUAAAAAUCAGAAACUAUUACUAACGAAAA